AUGCUCUCCAAAACCUUCCUCUUCUCACUCGAUAACAUCAUCGUCGCCAACAUCCAGCCGGCCAUCAUCAACGACUUUGGCCGUCUCGAGCUACUGUCGUGGAUCGGCACCGGCUUCGCCCUCGGCACCAUUUUCAUCCUGCUUUGGGGCAAGGUAUACGGCGUCUUCAACAUCAAGUGGGUCUACAUCUUCAACAUCUUUCUGUUUGAGGUCCCCAAUCAACUACUGACUCUGUGGGCCUUAGAUCGGCGGCGCCUUUGCCGCAAGCAGUGCCACCUGGAGAUGGGUAAAUUUUUUUCUACUCUCCCUUUCAGUUCCUGCCAUGCCACACAAGUGCUGACCAGCGGCGGUCAGGGAUUCUACGUUAACCUCCCGGUGGGCGCUGCCUUUGCCCCGGCCUACUUCCUGUUAUUCCCAAGCGUCGACCCCCAUCCCACCAAGACCCUGGCCGAGAAGUUGCGCCUCAUUGACUGGGUCAACUCAAUCAUCUUCAUCGCUGGAUCAGCCUGCCUGACCGUUGUUCUCACAUUUGGCGGAGUCAUCUACCCUUUCCGGUCCGCUACCGUCAUCGCCUUGUGGAUAGUCACGGGCGUCCUCUUGAUCGCCUUCGUCGUCCUUCUCAAGCUGAACCCAUUGGUCUCCAAGGAGAAUCGCCUGUUACCCCUGCACUUCUUCAAGCAGCCGAUCCUGAUCAACAUGCAGCUUCAGGUACUCCUGUCGUCGGGAAUUGUCCUCGCCAUGACAUACUACGUUCCGCUCUACUUUCAAUUCAUCAAGGACGACGGGGCGCUCGACGCUGGAGUCCGCUUGCUUCCCCUGAUCAUGUUCAUGGUCUUCGCCUCCAUGGUCAACGGCUUCUUGAUGCCGCGAUACGGAAUGAUCCCCGUCUGGUACAUUGGAGGCAGUUCACUUACGCUCAUUGGCACUGCUCUCAUGUACACAGUAAAUGACACUACGGCCAAUGCCAACAUCUACGGAUACAACAUUCUCGUAGGAGCCGGCACCGGAUGUUACAUCGUGGCCGGUUUCGCCAUUGUGCAAUCCCUGGUCCCUGUUCACGACAUUGCAAAUGCCGUCGGCGCCAUGACCAUCUCCCAGGACCUCGGCAUGGUUCUCUUCCUGGCCAUCAGCGGAAGCCUCUUUCACAACAUAGCCGUCCAGAAGGUCGGCGAUGCCCUCCCGGCUUUCCCCCACGCCGAGAUCGGCAACCUUAUCGCAGGAACCAGCAGCAGCGCAUUCCAGGAGUUGACGGACGCCGAGAAGGCCCUGGUGAUCCCCGAGAUUGCGAGCGCCAUGACCAGUAUCUGGGCGUUUUUCCUUGCGGCAGCCGCGCUGAGUGUGGUGUGCUCUGUGCCGCUCCUGAAAGCCAAGUUGGGCGGUGGCAAGAUUGCGCCAGUCGCCGCGGCGUAA